UUGUCGCCUUUCGCGACAACAAUUCCAAGUUUAGGUUAUAUGACAUUGGAGAUCUCGUCUGUACAACCGACGUAUUCUAUGGACUUUACUGCUAGUGGACAUGAUCUAUUUUCAUUACUCUAUAAUAUUUUGGAUACCUGUCUUUACAAUUUUUCGACAGAGCCAUUCUUUAUCGGUUCUUCAGCGCAAGUUCUUGAUUUGAAUUGCCACAAUGUUUCUUCAGAAACUAAAGAAUUUUCGAUACAUUUACGUGUUUGGGGGGAAUCAUUCGAUUUAAAAAAGCAUCCGCCUGGGACUGAAGUUAAGGCUAUUACUUACUCUAAUAUGCAGAUAAUUGUUGGGGGACGGAGGUUAAAUCAAAGUGGAGAAGAAAGUCUAAGAGUUUUAAAUGAUGAAAAAAAUAAUAAAACAGAAAUAUUUGUAAUUAUUGAUAUUUAA